GUCUCUAUGACAACUAUGGACCACUCCAAUCAUAUUAACCCAUAUACGCUACAACGCUGCUCGAAUUUAACAAAUCAACAAAUUCAUCCUUCUAACAGGACAACAUGCCAAACAAAGCACAAGAGGAUGCUGUGAUCAAUAUGAAAUCAGUGCAGGAGAUCGCUAAACAGUUAGGUUUCGAAUGGACUGUUCUGGCAUAUGAACUCGGUUUCACCAGAAAUGAAGUCAGGCAGUUUCAUGCCACAUCCAAAGAUAAGAAAGUUCAAGCCCAGAGGAUGCUGGAAUCAUGGUAUGAGCGCUCCUGGGAUAAACCGAACAAAACCAAGCUGUUGCAGGAUGGUCUAGAUCGAGCUGGUCGCCGUGACCUGGCUGAGAGGCUACGCUGUCUGCACUGGGGUCACCAGAAACUCAGCCGCAGAGUGGAACUGCCCUCUGCCUUCCCCUUCAUUAUUACUGUUCAUAAAACCAUAGACAAUAAAGACGCAUUGAGCAGGAUUAAUGUGCUCAAUCGUAGUUAUAACUAAAACUAUUCAACAAAUAAAAAAAAUUAGAUAAUGUUGUUUCUUUUACUAAAAGCUUGAGGAAAUUCAUGCUGACCAGGUCCCAUUGGUCAGUAUAAUAAAAUUUGCUUAACUUUUAAUAGG